AAGCUCAACAAUCUCAACAACAAGUACCUGGUUCAACUCUUUUAAGACCAAGAGGUGAUAGUAUAUUCUUGCCACCUCCUAUAAAUUCACAAUUAAGACUGACAAAUUCAAGUGAUAAUUAUGAUAAUACUUCAUCUAACAAUAUACCAAAUACAACAACUUCAAAUACCAAUUCAGGAAAUUCAUUCUCUUCAAGAUCAAAUAGUAUAUUCUCAUCCUUAAUUCAAAUACCUAAUUCUGCUGGCAAUUCCAUAAGUGAACAAUCAUCCAAUUUUAUUAAAAACAAUUCAAAUUCUGCUGGCGGAACUUCCAAUCCAAAUACUUCUAAUCCAAGAUCUAGACAAUUAUCAAUAUUUCCCUCUUUAUCUCAACAAGGUGGAAUUCAAGAACAAUUUUCUAUUGAAGAUUUAGAGAAUUUAAUUAAUAAAGAAAGUCUAGGAAAUUUAAUGGCUUGGCAACAACAACAGCAACAAGAUACAAAGUCAAGUAUUUCAGGUGGUACAUCAUCUGGACAACGAUCUAAGUUUGGGUCGAUUGAUUUAUCCCUUUGGAAUGAAAAUGCAAAUGCAAACUCAAACAAUAGCAUUAGUGGUUUAGUAGGUGUCCCUGGUGGUUCUAUAAGUGGAUUUAAUGGAAGUCUUGGUGAUAUAAUUGCUGGAAUGAUUUCAAAUGGUAGUAUUGAUUUAAGUAAUAUUAAUGAACAAAGAAGAGAUUCUAUAUUGAAAUUCGUUAAUGAUCUGCAAACUUAUAGAAAUCUGAGAAUACCUAGUUCAGAAUUGGAUAAGAGACAUACUACAUUUAAUCAUCACCAACAACCACCUUCAGUAAUUGCUGAUGCCAAUACAAAAUUAAGAGAAGAUAUAUUUUCAAAGAAUCAAUCUGGUUCAGUCGCUACAAUUAAUCUGAAUGCUAAGCAAGGUAAUGCUGAUCCUAAAUACAAAUCUUCAAAGGCUUCAUCUUCGAAGUUAAAUGUACCUGAAAAGGAUCAUUUAUCUCCUACUUCGUCAAUGUCAUCAAGAGCUUCUGGUAAGUAUAAUGAUGAACCACAGUCCCCAAAGACAAGUCCUUCAAGCUAUAACUCGCGUGUUCAACAACAGCAACAAGGUCAGCAACAGCAACAACAGCAACAACAACAAUUCAACUACCAACGUCCACCUCCACCACCGUCUAUGUAUAGCCAACAACAGAUCUUGCCUCAGCCUUCACAAAGAAUGUUUGAUAAUUAUCAAAUCCCGGGUCAAAAUCAGUAUUAUAAUCCAAACUAUUCGUCUCCAGGACAAUUUCAAUCAUUACCACCUAAUGCAACAAUAAGGAAUCAACCACCCCCAGCUCCUACCCAACCUCUGGCUAACUAUUUCUCAUCUCCACAACAAUUAUCUUAUCAUCAACAAUACUUACCACCCUCUAGUUAUCAGAAUAACCAGUAUCAACAACAACCAUCUCAAAAUCAAAUAACCCAGGAGCAACCAUUAGACCCAAUGUUGGCUAAAAGUGGAAAUCGUGUUAAUAAACAAUCCAAGUCUAAACCUCGUAAACAAUCACAGAGUAGAAAGUCACGUCUGGUUAAGAGUGAACCAUCAAUUGAUCCACAACAAAAUCUUAUACCUACACCUACAAAUGUUGAUAAAGGUGGAUUAGUUACUGCUCAACAAUAUGUCAAAUCUGAAGAUGGACGUCCAUUGGUUGGAGCUACUAAGAUUGAUCAAUUAAUGCUUGUAAUUCAAGCUCGUGAGAAGGGAAUUACCAAUACUAUUCAACAAGCUCCUGAUGGUAGUAUCUUAGGAUCACCUAAUUUUUCAUCAGAAAAGGGUAAAGAUGCUAGUGUAUUACCAAGACCAGUUAGUUUGGUAGGUGGAGUUGAUAAACCUACUAAACGUGGUAGUAUUGAUAGUGAUGAAGGUCAUGAAGAAUAUGAUGAUGAAGAUGGUGAUGGAGAAGGUAAGAAUAGAAAGAGAAGACAUAAGACUCAACAAUGUCCUCAUUGCUUUAAAACAUUUACCCAAUCGACCCAUCUUGAAGUUCAUAUUAGAUCUCAUAUUGGACUCAAACCAUUUGAAUGUAAUUAUUGUCACAAGAAAUUUACUCAAGGAGGUAAUUUAAGAACUCAUCUUAGAUUACAUACGGGUGAAAAACCAUUCCCAUGCGAUAUUUGUCAUAGAUCAUUCAAUAGAAAGGGUAAUUUAGCAGCUCAUAAAUUGACUCAUGAUAAAUUAAAACCAUUUGAAUGUAAAUUAGAUAAUUGUGAUAAAUCAUUUACUCAAUUAGGGAACUUGAAGUCACACCAAAAUCGAUUCCAUUUAAAUACUUUAAAUUCUUUAACUCAAAAAUUGGCUCAAUUGAGUGGACCAGCUCUUAAUCAAUUACCUAGUGAAGAAAAGGAAUUGUUAUUUUACUUUCGUGAUCUUUAUAAGAAUUCUAAUAAGGGAAUUAGAGGUAGAGGUAAACAACAACCUACAAAUGGUAAUGAAAUUCCCGGAUCACCAGAAUCUAAUCAACAAAUUCCAACCUAUACUGGAGGAUCUACUAGUCCUUCUAAUAUGAAUCAAUUCAGAUUACAACCUCAAUCACCUCAACAUCUGCAACAACAACUUCAACAAACUCUCCCUCGUCAACAUCCUAGUACUUCAGGAGUUGCAGGUGCCGCUAAUGUUAAUAAUACAGGUAAUGCUCAACAAUUUCAAUCCAUUGAUUUCAUGAAUAAUCAAUUGGCUAAUACCAUUAAUGGAUAUAGGAAUUAGUUACUCACCAUCUACUAUCACUCUAUUGCAAUCUCUAUCUAUCACUGUUUGUAAUUAUAUCAUGUUAUACUAUUUUGUUCUAUCUGUCACUUUUAUUAUGUUUUUUCUCAUGUUCUCACUACCCUUAUUUUUUUCUAUUGUAUUCUACAGGUAUUAUUCCGGUUUCAUAUUGUUAGGUUUCUAUAUAGUUCGCAAUAAAAAUUUGUUACGCAUUUUC